AUGACAGAAAGAAUCCUGGAGAAGUUAGAUGUCCUGGAGGAGAAUGAAAAGAUCAUUGCAGCCAUCAGAGCAAAGAAAACCAGCAGUCACCUUAAAGAGAAAAAGAAGUCUCUGAUUACACCUCUGCCGUUUGAUAAUCAUGGGGAAUUUGAAGGCAAAAUCGCUCCAUCUAUAGCUGAGACAGCAACAGAGAACACAGAAAAUAAAUCAAAUGACCUUAAGAAGUCAAAAAUGCAUUUAUCUUUCGAAUAUAACCCUAAACCCAGAAGUGAUUUCGAAGAGUCAGAUUUGAGACCACCUGUUUUUGCAACAGAUAUAAACGAUGAAAAAAGUACAUCAACGGUCUUAACUUAUCAUGAGCCAUCUGUCAGCCAUCAGAAGGAUAGUGAGCAGGGCCUAAUGACUGCCAACUUAGAGUCUAAACCAACCCACUCCGACAGGUCAUGCCAACAGGAUUGCCCCUCAGAAUAUGCAAUGCCGUUGAAUUUUCUAUCGUCUCGGCCUAGACACCUGUGUAAAAUAUCAGCGGAAUGUCCAAAGUUGCCUCCUAAACCCUCCUAUCAGUCCAAUGCUGGUAAGGAAAAAGUCUUUCCUCCAUUUACAGAUCAAAAUGAAAGCAGAGCUAAGAAGUCCAUGAUGUCUACAGAUGGCUCAGCAGAUUCUAUCAAAAAGGGGAGAAAAUACCCUCCAGAGGUGAAUGAUUUAAUUACAAAAGAAAGCAAGCCAACCAGAAACGAUGAGCCAAGAAUGCCUCGUCCAGUAAAACAGACCAUCUUGUUUCCCCUGAGCUAUGAACAUAUACUCAAAAACCCAAAUGUCAAGACUAUUGCCCCUGCUCCAGAAGUGACAGUACUUUAUUCCAUGGAAGAAAGCCACACGAAUCCGAUAAUUUUUCACGACGCAGCAUAUGUAAAAACAUGGUUUCUGAAAAAAAGGUUUACUCCCUUUCUGAUGACAACUAAAAAAACGAAUGUUGUUUUACAAAAAAAUUGUGACAGGAGCAAAGCUCUACGUAAUAAUGAACCCACGGAUGUUUUUAAACCUCAAAGAUCUAAGCUUGUAGGACUGCAAAAACUGGCCCAAAAGAGUAUAGGGAAGAAACAAAAGAGUAGAAGGAAGGAACAAAAGAAGAACCAUGAUAGUCUGGCUUCAGCAAAAAGAUUUCUGAAAACACAUUAUGACUUGUCCCAGACAGUUCCUAUCUUAACCAACAUAUCUGCUGGGUACUUUGAUAAAGAUGUUACUCAAAAAAAGACUGUUAAGUCAGACAGAUUUGAAAGAACGUUUUCAAAAGCAAAACAAGCACCCAAACGCAAUUUCACUGCCUUACCUAUGAAAUAUGACUCUAAGCCUCUGAAAAACAUUCUUGAAAUAUAUAAACUAAACAACGUAACUCCAGUGGAUAACUUGCUAACCUGGAAAGUGAAUGAAUCACAAGACUUAUUCAUGCAGAAAUAUUUAAAACCAGUAAGAACCGAGUUACAAGAUCAUGGAAGAAAUUCUAACCCUGCUAUUAAUGUUCUGUUGGAUGCAAUAUCCAGUCAGCAAUCCAAGAUCAAUCAACACCAUUAG